AUGGAGCAAAUAACAACAAAUGCAGGCAAAGUAGACGUUAGUGGAAUAGCACAAUUAUUUAAUGGAAUUACAGACUCUGAUAUCUACAGACCAUGUGGAGAGGUUGAUUUACUGAUUGGAUCAGACUGUAGCAUUCUUUUACCCACAAGAGUUGACGGUGUCGGGAAUCUUCAGCUGAUGAAAAAUCAAUUUGGUUAUUGUAUUCUGAAAAAUGUGACAGCUGAAGUUAUAAGAGAGGCUGAAAAGGCUUGGAUUUUACAUGCUCAAAUGGAUCUACCAAACAAUGCUAUGCAGAGAUUUCGACGUCUUGGCCCUGAACGAACAAAGGAUGGAAUUAUUACAGUUGGACAAAGAAUGAAUAAAUGGAUAGAAGAAACCGGGAAUCAGUCAACAUUUGCACUUCUUAAAGAAUAUGUAGUAAAAGCAAUACAUGAUGAAGAUCAUGCAGGGAUUGACGUUACUCUGGCAAAGAUCCGUAGCAGAUUUUGGAUACCCAAAGUAAAAAACACUAUAAGCAGAAUUAAAUUUAGGUGUGUAAUAUGUAGAAGAAAAUUCAAAACAAUGCAAAAUCAACAGAUGGGUCCAAUGCCAGAGACGAGACUUAAACCGACCCCUCCCCUCUACAUGUGUGCUGUUGAUUUGUUUGGACCUCUUGUAAUCAAGGAUGCAGUUAAGAAAAGGACCCAUGGGAAAGGUUAUGGUGUCUUGUUUAAUUGCUUAGUUUCAGGAGCAGUAUAUAUUGAUAUAGCAGAAGGAUAUGAUAUGCGCAGUUUCCUUAUGGUACUACGACGUUUUGUUUCCAUCAGAGAAUAUCCCAGAAAAAUGAUUUCUGAUGCAGGUACUCAACUAAUUGCUGCCGGGAAAGAAUUACAAAAAGUUGUACAUACUUGGGAUUGGGAAGAUUUCAAGAAUUUUGGGAAAGCUAGAGGCAUGGAUUGGCAGACAACAAAAUCAGCGGACGCACCCUGGGAAAAUGGUUGCAGCGAGUCGCUUAUUCGUUCAACAAAACUUUCUCUUGAGACUGCCAUUGGAUCAGCAAUUAUGACAUUUUCAGAGUUACAAACUGUUCUCUUUGAAGUUUCCAAUCUACUAAAUGAACAUCCCAUUGGUACUAAAAAUUGCGACCCUACUAAAGGUACAUAUCUUUGUCCGAACGAUCUAUUGUUAGGUAGGGCAAGCACCAGAGUCCCUGUAGGAGACUGGGAUGAUUGCAAGGACCCCAGAAUAAGUUUGAAAUUUGUUCAACGUGUGGUGAAUACAUUUUGGAGAAGAUGGACACGAGAUUUUUUUCAUACCCUUAUCAUAAGACAGAAAUGGCAUCAUGAAAGGAGAAACAUUCAAAAUGGUGACAUUGUACUUGUUCAAGAUUCAAAUAAUGUGCGUGGUCAAUGGAAACUGGCACAAGAUUCGGAGGCAAACCCAGGAAGUGAUGGAAAAGUUCGGGAUGUAAAACUUAGAUACAAAAAUCUGAACCAAUAUCCUUAA